AUGUCAGCCAGCAUGGUGUCGACCACGGCCUCUGGAGUGCCCCCCAACACGACACUCACGGCAGUCGACACAGACGAUACUUACGAGGCCGAGGAGCUACUCCUGCUGCAAAUAGCGGCGGCGAACAAUGAGCUUCUCUCCCCUCAACUCAAGGCCGUAAUGGCGACACAGGACAUUCCUUCUUCGAAUAACAAUUCUGUCGAUAGAUGUCCUUCGCCGUUGCUCAUGGAGCGACCCAGAAGCUCUGGCAUCGAUCUCACAGCCUUCUCGUUUGCGAAGCCAGCACAAGGCCGCAAGCCCUUCUCCCUCCAAUCGGCAGUAAAGCCAUCCUCGUCCACAGUCAGGCCGGAUGUUACCGCUCAGUGUGAGCACAGGGCGGCUGAGAUAUCGCCUGAGACAGUCAAAAGUCUGAAAGGGUCUAGCACGCAUGAAUCCCAGAAGAAACUCCCCUCGAAGGCAGAGCAGAAGCCAACCCGGGCUUCUGUCACGCCUUCUGAGCAUGUUCAGAGUGGCUCGAGCCUUGAGAAUGCUGUCGUGGCAUACGCAGACAAUUUUGCUGCUAAUAGUGCUGAACAUUCUGAACCGUUGGGGCACAAGGAGAGAACCAUUAGCCACUCAAGCCACGAUCAGCUUGUCCAGGAGCGGCCAAACAGCAAGGGCGACAAGCAUGGCUCUCCAUUAGUUGAAGGUCACGGUGCGUCCGACCGUACGCUUUCGGCACACGAGGCACAAGACUCGGUUCUCCAGAAUCAGCUCGCGGCUAACAUUCAAUUGGCCCAAUCGCACCCUACCGAUCGCGAGAUUGAGAUGAAUAGGGUCUCCAAGCGACGUCGCUCCAGCAAAAGUCAAACCUCACGAAAUGUCAGACCAUCACUUGUAACGCCAGAUGACACUUCUUCACUGUCAGAAGAACAUCUUUUUCAUUUGCUGAUCGGACGCAUCAAAGCUCGUGAGGAAAAUGAGGCAGCUGCCGUUGAGUCGAAGGGGCAGAUGGAGGCUUGCAUUUCUGGCUUGACUGAGGAAAAUCAGGCACUCAAGAGUCAAAUAGAGAUCCUCGACAAGGUAAUCCGCAAGAAAACGUCAGACUUAGCUAUUCACAAGACCCAAAUUAGUGCCUGGAAAUCGAAACUCUCAAAUAUAAAGGGCUUUCUCAACCAGCUCGGUUCUGAUUUCCACAAUCUUCGCGGCGAUGCGAACCUGUUCUUGGCGGCAAAGAAAUGCGCCCGCAAUGAAAGAGCUGAGAUUGACAAGAGUAUUAGCGAAGCUAAGGCGCAGGCAGCCAGAGCUUUAGAGGCCGCUAGCAAAGGACGAGAACAGUUGUUCCGCUCGGAGAGCCAGGUCGAAUUGCUGAAACAGGCUCGGUCUGCAACUGAAGAGAAGACACAAUACGUUCAGGGACAGCUUUCCGAUGAGAAGAGAAGGUCCAGGCUUCUCGAACAGUACAUCCAAGACAGUUCCCGCACGCAUGCAUUGAAGCUUGGGCAGAUCAAGACUGAUCAGCUAGCAAUCCUCAAGCAGUUCGAGACCGUGUUCCGCACUUUGAGCGUUCAAGAGAAGACCUCUCAGAACGUCAUUCAGCAAGCGAUAGGGACCGGCGUGGACAAAUGUUUCUCAACUCUUGAUACUCUCUAUGACAGGAUCUUGAAAAAUGAUUCAGGCGCGAAGGAUCACAUGGAUAGUGUCAAGACUGUGAUCAUGGAGAGCGAAUUGGUCCAGCUACUCCAGUUGACCAAGGAACGACAUGAGACGGAUGCCAGCUCUCUGGCAAAGCUUAACGAGCAACUUCAAGGCGUCACAACUCAGCUUGCGACUAAUGCAAAUCUGUUUGAGCGGAUCUCCAAAGACACGGAUCAACUCGUUCCUUUGAAUGAAAACCUCGGACACCUUGUACCUUUGACUGAAACGUUCAAGUGUUCUAUCGAUAUAUUGAAGGACAACGAGACGAAACUCCUUGACCAAGUGACGCACCUUCAAGCAGAUCUAUGCGAGGCGCGAAAAGCCCAGGCUGCCGAAGUCGCAGCGCUUGAGCUUGGACGCCAUGGGCUGGAGAAAGCUCAAAUGGAAAGCGAAAUGCAGAAAGUGCUGAAGGAGUCAGAAGUCAUUGCUGAGGGGUUGAGAGCUAAAGAUCUCGAGAACAAAGCCUUCCAAUACUCCCUGCUCGAAGCGAAAUCACAAACUCAAGAAGCAGAAUCACGGAUCAAUCAGCUUGAAUCUGAAGUCGCCGUUCUGCAAGAUGAAGUAACGAAGAAGGGGACUCAAGUCCGAGAGGAGUUGAGCCGGGCCAGUAUCGUCGCUCGCGAGCAGAUCAAGGCUAGAUACGAGCAGCAACACCGGGACCUUUUGAAAGACAAAUGUGACUUAGCACAGUCGGUAGAAGUUCUCAAGAAGCAACUCGAUGAUGCAAAUUCCACUUUAGCCGAGAUCACGAGUACACGAGACAAGGAAAAGACCGAUCGAGAUCACUUGCUCGAAUCAAAGGAGAAAGAGAUCGAGAAAUUGACCUGCCAUCAGUUUGAGACCGUUGCUAAGCUAACUGAGCAAGAGGAAGAGCUCAGACGACUCGUUGAACAAGAAGCUUUAGGGCGAGCGCAAUAUACCUCUCUCCAAGCUCAACAUGACGAAAUAAACAGGAAGUUCAGAGACCUCGAGGAUGAUCUUAGCAAUACCCGUGGCGAGAAAGACAAAAUAUUGGCCGAAUCGCAACACAAGCUUGAUGCACUUCUGCAGGACAACCUGAAGAAGCAGGAAGAAUGUGUCAAGACCCAAGAAAGACUCACAUCUGCUUUGACAGAGCGAGCGGAUCUUGAGAGCCACAAACUGAAGACCAAAGAUGAGAUCCACGGCCUAUUCAAGCGAGUCCAGGAGUCGGAAUUGUGGGUGAACAAGUUAAAGGAGCUCUUGGACCGGACAAAUCUUGUCAUACCCAAAGACACGGAAGAAAGCUGGAGCAACCUCGAGGCGGCUUUGAUCUCACUGACUAACAAGGAGGAUCAUGAUAAGCUCGAGCAAUUCAGUUCCAAAGCGACAAGGACGGCCACCACCGUACCUGAUAGCCAGCCAACCAUUUGUUCAUCGCCAGCGAGACAGACCAACAAGCUUGAUAAUAAUUGUUCCAUGAAUUCGACGUGCUUGCUGGAUUCAGGCAUUGUGCCGUUCUCAAGCAUUCAGGAUUCUCCUCUUACUGAUUGUUUGUUUUCAGGAAACGAAAGCUAUGAUCUCACGGCUAUGCUGAUCUUCACUCCAGAGAACGAUAGAGUUGAAAGUGAUCCGAAAAGUGAAAUCAGCAAUACCGAUAACAAAGGAAGGCAGCGGACAGUCACUUUCGAGACAGAUGUCGCAGCGUCUCAAAGUGGAAAACGUAAAAUAUCUGAUGCGGAGACCAGCCACAGGCCAGACCAGGAGAGCUCGGUUGAUGGGCUUGAUGAUAGGUUUAUGCCUUCACAGAGGACGUACUCCAAACAGCAACAGCUCCCAGCGGCAAGAUCUCAGGCAAAGUCUAAGGGUUCGGCAGCAGGCGCAAGAGAGGUGGCCCAGGAUGCGCCUGGAGCCAGCACGCCGCGCUCGACUGUGAACAAGAGGACCAAGGUAUCCUUUGACACGAUCACGACUACAUCGCAGACGAAGACGGUGACGGAGUACUUCGACCGCAAGUCGAGCCCUGAAAAACUAGCCUCUGGCAGCAGCAGACCAACACUGAAUGGCAGUCAGACCGAGUCCCAGAAAAGACCCUCUCGAGGGGGUAGAGGCGGCGGUCGCAGGUCAAGAGGUGAGUGA